AUGGCAUUAAAAACUUGCAAAGAUAUUAAAUCAAUUAAAGAAGAAAUUCAUUUGAAAAAAUUAGAAAUCAUGAAAUUAAAAAAUAAACAAUAUUUUGAAGUAACUGUUGGAUUUGUUCCAACAAUGGGAUAUUUACAUCAAGGUCAUAUAUCAUUGGUAGAGAAAGCUAAAUCAAUGAACGAUAUAGUCGUGGCAUCAAUUUUUAUAAACCCAACACAAUUUAAUGCAAAUGAAGAUCUAUCAACUUAUCCAGUAGAUUUAGAAAGUGAUAGUAAGCUUUUGAAUCAAGCUGAAACAGAUCUAUUGUUUUUACCAACACCAGAUAUAGUAUAUCCAAAAGGAUUCUCAACCUAUGUUCAAGUAGAAUCAAUGUCAGAUGUAUUAGAAAGCAAGAGUAGACCCGGUCAUUUCCGUGGUGUAGCAACAGUUGUGACCAAACUAUUAUUAAUUGUAAACCCAUCCAAUCUAUAUAUCGGCCAAAAAGAUGCAAUGCAAUGUAUUUGCAUAUCAAGAUUAGUCCAAGAUUUAAAUAUAGAUACCAAUGUUCACAUAUGCGAUACUAUUCGUGAAAAUACUGGUUUAGCAAAAUCAAGUAGAAACAGUUAUUUAUCUCAAGAUGAACAACAACAAGCUUCAAAAAUAUAUCAAAUUUUAACAGAUUUUAAAAAUAGAAUCUCAUCAUUUAAUGACCGUAAUCACUUUAUUGAUGAAAUUACAAAACUAUUAGAAUCAAACCCAAAUGUAAAAGUAGAGUAUGUUAGUUUAGCUUCCCACGAGAAUGGUUUAGAAAUUUUAGACCAAUUCCCUCCACCACCAAAAUCAAAUUUAUCAAUAGCUUUAUUUUUUAAUGGUUUAAAACGUAAAACUCGUUUAAUUGAUGUAAUAAUUUUAUAA